CACUGAUGUCGUGAAACUAAAAGCAGAACAUGUUCCUGCGGAGCUCAGUGUUUAAAGGAAGCGUCAAGGCCGGACGGGUGUGAUUAGUGCCUGCAAUACAACCAAACACACUCUCAUACACUCUCACACACGCACAUUGCUGGAACCUGAGGUGCCGGCUGACAGAGGGAUAAACUUCAUAACUGUACACUCCAGACGGACACCAGUUUGAGACAUGGAGCUCUUCAGAACUACUUUGUCUUUGCUGAUGAUCUUCAGUGCUGCUGCAGCUUCAGAUUUUUCGGACUGCAACCUGAUGGGGAUUUACGGAACCAAAAACGAGUUCAUCAGCGUGGACGAGAUAACAGACGAGUGCAGGACGAACUUCGUCACAGAGAACGGGACAGAGGUGCACAUCGUCAAUCUGCGCAUCAGUCCAGACAAUAACUACCCGAUUAUUACAGUGAGUACAGACGCUCCGUCCAUCUUGAUCUUCACCAACUCAGACACUCACAUCCAAGUCAUCUACGUCAAUGUCAACUCCUCCGACGUAAAGAUCUAUGUAUCAAACAAGACUUCACUAAAGGCUUUUAGCACUGGGUUUUCCAGUCAGGUUCACGGCGCUCCAGAUGUUCAGGGCAAUGAGCUGGUAUCGUGGGCGACACAACGGUUCGGAGGAGUUUCAUCCGUCACUACAUUCAGAGAUCCACUGAACAUCUACUUCCCCAAACUGAAAGCCUCAGGGACUCCGGGGUCAUCUGUCUGCCAGCUGGGGCAGGACGUACAAACCAAAGCAGAAGCGGUUCAGUCUUGCUUGCUGGAUUCUGAGGACGAGCUUCACAUCAUCAACAUCCCGGAUCACAUCGCCGUCAGGAACGUCACAGUGAACGUGGUUACGAAUAACGGAGUAAAGAUGAAGCUGGUCCUCAGGGGUCCCGUCGGUACGGUCUGGAACAUCAACAGUAUGGAAAGUUUCUCUUUAAUGAACAACAACGCCGUCCAUUUAGACAGAUUUGUCUUAAAUCCACGGUUAGUCCUCUCUGACAGCGACACCGAGCUCUGGAAUCAGGCGCUGGAUUAUUUUAAGAACACCUCAAUCAGCAGCUACACAAAGAUUCAUCUGAACAGCCCAGUGAUCCAGAUAAGGAUCAGAAUACGAGAGCCCACUAGAGUUACUGAGGUGAGGACCACAGAGUCUCCCACAUCUUUCACCUCCAUGCAGUUGUUCAUGUCUUCAGAUUACAUGGUGGAACUUCAUCCCAACACCAAAGUGCAGACCAACAAGAAGAUCUACGCUCAGGUCUCGAGUUCGGUCCAUGGCGAGUUGGACCUAAUUAUCAGUGUGAAGUCAUGUUCGGUUCAUUCCAAAGGUAUCCAGCCGAUGGAGAAGAGAAUCUCCUUUAAAUCAGAGCCGUGCUCGCCGUGCCGUAAUAACAACAGGUUCAGCUUCUCUCUCGACAUGCUGCAGGAUCUGCCCUCCAACAUCUGGGAGCUUCAGUGCAACAUCAGCCACUGUACUAAACACAGUGUGAGUUGUUCAGAACCGCAGCUCGUGACGAAGAAAGUGCAAGUCACGCCGUACAUCCCGCCACUGAAUCCAUGUAUGGAGUUCAGCCUGCAGUCAGUCCUGGGCAUCGCCUUCGGAGGUUUCCUCAUCGGCGUCCUGCUCAUCGGCGCUCUCUGGUUCAUCAAGAUCCGCACAGGUUACCCGGUCGCUCUGGGUUUUGGCUCCACAGGGACCUUCUUCUCAGGAUGUCCAUGCAGUCUGACUAAGCGUCACUCUGUGCCCACAAACCCGUCUCCCUCUGAGAACAGCAGUGCCAACGGCAGCAUGAGCAGCACCCAGAGCACACCGACCAGCAGCAUGGCAUGAGCAUGCUCAGAGAGACACACACACACACACACAAACACACACACGCACACAGACGAACAGGGCAGGGCUUUUUUUCGUCUGACCCGGGAACUUUUUUAAACUCCUCUGCAGCCACCCAGCAACAGGAAGUCAGCAGGACAAAAAAUCCUUGCCUCGAUCCGAGACAGGAAAAACACAGCAUAUCCCCCAAGAACUAACAGGAAAUUCACAGCAUUCCUCUCGACAGAUCGGAGGCACAAUAAGACUCAAGGAGAAAAACACUGAUCAAACCACCGCGACCUGCAUCACCCCCUAAUUACUGCAAAAAAAAAAGAAAGGUCUCAGUUCACGUUCACGCACGCGAAGAGCCGACAGUUUCACGUCUUUAUCCACUACACUAACAUAUUCCUGUCUCUCCAACCUCAAAGGACAAGUUUGGGAAAAGGCUACCUCUUCAUUUAUUUAGAGUACAGAAGAAAAAAAUCUUAAAGUAGCUCCAGUUAGUCAUUUCUCUGCAGGAACAAUAUGGUUGUGUUGUACAUUAGUGUAAAUGAUGACCAAAGUCAGAAAUGUCCGAGUCCUCCUCCAACACUCUACUGAUCUGUGGAGAUAAAUAGAAAUCAUUUACUUUUCUAUUUCAAACACUAUUCCAGAUUUUUACAGCGUUCCUCAUUCUCAUCAUCUCCUCAAACAGCUUAACGUACUUAAACGUCCCGGACGUUCUUCUCGACGCUUCUCCUCAAGUUCAGCUCCAGAUAUGAGAUUAUAGGAAACAUCUGUUUAGAGCAGAAGAUAUCAGAAAGAAAUUCAUUUAUAAAUAAAUAAUCUAAAUAUAUAUAUAUAUAUAUAUAAUUUUUUUAUUGUACAAAUUUUUUUUAGUUGUAAAAAAAAGUCAAAAAUGAUCAAAUUACAAAUAAUAAAUUUUCCAACAGACAAAAUAUCUUCGUUCUUGAUAUUUUUCUCCUCCUUCGUGUUCCUGGUGAGAUCGUUCCUGGUGUAUUAAUGUUUAUGGUGUAUAUAAACCGCGACACUAUUGUUUAUAUUUCUUUAUUUUUUUAAUAAUAAUCAUUUGGACAGAUCACGAGAUUUUUGGAGCGGACUCCGACUUUUUUUAUGUGAAAUUUUCCGAAGCGACAAAUAAAAAAAUAAAUAAUUUGCCAGUUUAUUUUGGAACAACGUUGUAGCUCGUGUGUGUAAUAAAACGUGAGUGUGUGUAAGAGCUCACUCGGUAUUUUGUACUAAAUCUAUCAUUUUGUAUGUUUAUCUUCUUGUUAUUGUGUAACAAUCCUGUACUGAGCAGUAAUGUGGUGUGUUUAAAGUGACAGAGGUGUGUGUUAGCGGUCUGACCGCAUCCGUGAUCCCUUUAUACUGUAAACUCUGUGUAAAUGUAAAAUGUGGUUUUUAGUGACCUCGUCAUUUAAAAAAAAAUGAUAUAUAACAACAAUAACACUCGUGUAUUCAGUGAGGAAUCAAAAACGUGUGAGUUUCAGCUCAAGGACAAGUCACGGAGGAGCUCGAGAACCAAAAACUCAUUUUAUUUCAGUAAAAUCUUCACCACUGUCCGGGUAAAUUGCUGUUUUUGUGACUCGGACCUCCUCCGUGCGUGUAAUUGAAAGCAAUGAACUCUCUCAAACCUCCAUCCUUACACCAUGUAGCUUAUUUGUAUAUGAUUAAAGAGUCAAUUUCAUGUGAAUCUGUACAUCCAGACUUUCUCAGAAGGCCAGCUAUAAACAUUCAUAACAUGUUAUAACACAUUUCUAAGCCUUAUACAUGCUGUCAUUAUUUAUUACAGUGUUUAUUACAUGUUAGUUAGCAGUUAAACACCCUUCUGCUUUUAAAGGAAAUGAAUCACUGAGUCGUUUGGUGUGUCGACACAUUUAUAUAAACUAGGAACCCACAUGUGCUUCGUAUCAUUACUGUUUUUAUUUAACGUUUAUUUAUCAUUUAUGGAAUAAUGACGUCAUCAACAGUCGCUCUUCUCUAUAUCUCUGAACGAAUAAACAGCUGUUACCAUAGAAACAAUAUCAGACAUGAUGAUUGUCCGAGCUGCUGUUAGAGGAAAUUCUUCAAGACGUCCUGAAACUGUUGCAGUUACAAGACGACGUUUCACACAAUUGGCUCAAAUUAUUAAAACACCUAAAACAAAGAAUAACAGAUCUAAAUAUUUAAAGGUUGUAUUACGUGACGCGUGUAAUAUAAUAUAUAAAGAUAUAAUUAUAUUAUAUUAUAAUAUAUAAUACAUAUAAUAUAUAAAGUGUAAUCAGUGUUAAAGGCUUUAUAACGCUUUACGAAUGCUUUAUAAUGUUAUAAUGUUUU